CGCCCCGAGCGGGCUCGCCUCUCCCACGGCGGCCAGGCAGCCCUUCGUCAUCGGGGUGUCGGGCGGUACGGCCUCCGGGAAGACCACGGUGUGCGACAUGAUCAUCCAGCAGCUGCACGACCACCGCGUCGUGCUCGUCAACCAGGAUUCCUUCUACCGUGGUUUAACCGAGGAACAGUCUGAACAUGUGGGAGAAUACAACUUUGAUCACCCUGAUGCAUUUGACACUGAUCGACUUCUGGAGUGCAUGGGAGAGUUGAAAAGCGGGCAGUCUGUAAAUAUUCCUAUUUAUGAUUUCAAGAAUCAUCGACGAUGCUCCGAGAGCUUCAGAAAGGUCAAUGUAUCAGAUGUCAUCAUUUUAGAGGGCAUUUUGGUUUUUCAUGAUCAAAGGGUGCGGGACUUGAUGGACAUGAAAAUUUUCGUUGACACAGACGCUGAUAUUAGGCUUGCCCGACGAAUAAGGCGUGAUACAGUUGAAAGAGGCAGAGAUGUUCUCUCCGUGCUUGAGCAGUAUGGAAGGUUUGUGAAGCCUGCGUUCGAUGAUUUUGUUCUGCCUUCCAAGAAAUAUGCUGAUGUGAUCAUACCACGAGGAGGAGACAACCAUGUUGCCAUUGAUUUAAUCGUGCAACAUAUUCGUACAAAACUUGGCCAGCACGACCUGUGCAAAUUUUAUCCAAACGUGUAUGUAGUUCACACAACUUUCCAGAUACGUGGAAUGCAUACUCUCAUUCGUGAUAAGGAAAUUACUACUCCUGAUUUUGUCUUUUAUUCAGAUCGCCUGAUUCGCUUGGUAGUUGAACAUGGUCUGGGGCAUUUGCCAUUUACAGAGAAGCAGGUCGUUACACCUACAGGAUCUAUUUAUUCAGGAGUUGACUUCUGCAAGAAGCUCUGUGGAGUGUCAAUUGUUCGAAGUGGUGAAAGCAUGGAAAAUGCAUUGCGUGCUUGUUGUAAGGGGAUAAAAAUAGGUAAAAUCCUAAUACAUCGGGAUGGAGACAACGGACAACAGCUCAUAUACCACAAGUUGCCCAUGGAUAUAGCUGAACGUCAUGUUCUACUUAUGGAUCCUGUCCUUGGUACAGGUAACUCAGCAAAUCAAGCUAUAGAGCUUCUUAUAAGAAAAGGAGUUCCGGAGGACCAGAUCAUGUUUCUUACUCUUAUUUCGGCUCCUGAAGGGAUCCAUUGUGUCUGCAAGCGAUUCCCUCGUCUGAAGAUCGUGACAUCAGAGAUCGACGUCGGGUUGAAUGAGGAUUACCGUGUCGUCCCAGGAUUGGGAGAAUAUGGUGAUCGCUACUUCGGCACAGACUAAUCAAACUGCAAUACUGCUUCCGUUUGGCGUGGAAACGAUAUCCGGAUUAGACCUAGCAGGAGAUGAUAUACUGGUGUUAGGUGGUUUGUGGUAUACUAGCAGAGUGGAGCGGAGACAUCACUCUGUCAACCAUUGGAGGUACCAAGAGCAUACGGCGAGGUGCGAUAUCAUACUCCGUAUGACCUGCUAAACAUUUGGUGCGCUACUCGUUCUGUUCUUGUAACGAACUUGGCCCUUUUGUGGGUUCUGAGUCUGAGCCCCUGGCAAAAUAGAUUGGUCGUCGCCAGUUAAGUGGCUUGUGGAAUGUAUAGCUUAUUGGGGGUUUUGCGGCAGAUGCCGUUGCUA